AUGAGCGCAGUGCAUCGCGUGCCGUUGCGGGCAUUCAAGACUGAUCCCGCUACGGUGAUCGGAAAAACACCCACAGCCUCCACGUCCGGAUUCCUGUCUCGUACUGUGUCAAACUCGCCGCUACGACCGUCGCCUUCCAGCACAAACAAUGUCCUAUCCCGGAUCCCAUUACGAUCUUUGCGGGGCUCGACUCUCGCCGCUUCCUCUCGUUGUUUCUCCGUGAAGGCCGCGCCUCUUUUUCCUGCGAAGACUCACAGCCUACCCAAGCGAACGCAGUCAAAUAUAAAUCCCAAUGGAUCGCAGCGGAGCAUUCUCAAGUGGUUCAUUAUCGGAAGUGUUCUCGGUUUGGGCGCCGUGACGUUCUCUGACCAGGCGCGGCAUGCGUACCAGGCAGCGCAGAGAAGUGGGCGCGUUGUUGGCGCUCUUGCUGUCUGUAUCAAUGAUUACCGUGUCACCCUGAAUCAAACCACCUCAUCUCCCGAAGAACACGACGCACUCAUUCGUGCCUGCCACAAGCGUUGCGCCGAGCGUACUCUCCGCGUGCUAGAGAAGAACGGAUCAGUCUUCAUCAAGCUGGGUCAACAUCUCAGUAGCAUGGGCUACCUGCUUCCCCUCGAAUGGACCACCACCUUCAUCCCGCUCCAGGACCGAUGUCCCGUCUCAUCAAUUGAGUCAAUCGCCGAGCUAUUCCGCAAAGACACGGGCCAAGAUAUGAGCGAGCUUUUCACCUCUUUCGAACCGACACCUAUUGGCGCUGCGUCCUUGGCACAGGUGCACAUUGCCACGCUGAAGGGAUCCGGACAAAAGGUCGCGGUCAAAGUGCAGCACCCCGCGCUGGACGAAUGGGUGCCGCUGGACCUGGCAUUAACCCGCUUCACAUUCUCUAUGCUCAAACGCUUCUUCCCUGAUUAUGACCUCGAGUGGUUAUCCAAAGAGAUGGACUUCUCGCUGCCGCAAGAGCUGGACUUCCGCAUGGAGGCCCAGAACGCCACCCACGCCGCCGAAUACUUCAAGGAACACUCCAACGCACCGCUAGUCAUCCCCAAAGUGAUGUGGUCCCAAAAGCGCAUUCUAGUCAUGGAAUUCAUCACCGGCGGCCGCCCAGACGAUCUCGCCUACCUGGACGCCCACAACAUCGACCGCGAUGAAGUCUCCGCCGCCUUCGCGCACAUCUUCAACGAAAUGAUCUUCGGCGACAACGCCCCGCUCCACUGCGACCCGCACGGCGGCAACAUCGCCGUCCGCCCAAACACCACCCGCUCCCACCCCAACUUCGACAUCGUCCUCUACGACCACGGCCUCUACCGCACCAUCGACCGCGACCUCCGCCGCAACUACGCCAAGCUCUGGCUCGCGGUUCUGGACGCGGACGUGCCGCGCAUGCGCGAGUUCGCUCACAAAGUCGCCGGCGUCACGGACGAGCAGUUCCCGCUUUUCGCUAGCGCUAUCACCGGUCGUGAUUUUAGUGUGCUGAAGAAGAAUGUUGCUUCGUCACGCACUGCUGAGGAGAAGAAACAUAUUUCCAGUGCGCUUGGUGAGGGCAUGUUGCAGCAAUUGGUUGUUUUGCUUGGACAGGUGCCGAGGAUUAUUCUUUUGAUUUUGAAAACUAAUGACCUUACUCGCAGUCUAGACGAAAAUCUGCAUACACGUCAAGGCCCCAUGCGCUCAUUCCUGAUUCUCGCACGGUAUGCGACACGCACCGUCUUCGAAGAACAGCUCGAGAUCAUUACCGAGUCUGGUGGUGUUCUCCGUAACUUCUUCCGUUUCUUGUGUGCAUAUGGGAGUUACCUUCGUGUUGAAGUCAAGCUAUCUGUCUAUGAGACUUUGCUGUCUUUGAAGAGUCGUUUCGGUAUUCAGAGCGUUUAG